GGAAACGAAUGCUCGCAAUGAUAACUAAUUGUGCAUCUCAACAAAACUAACCAGACAAGAACACCAUCAGAUUUGUUAUGUAGAAAGAAGAGGUUCAGAACAGAUAAAGGCAGAAGCAUCGGAUCUGAAUCUCUGCUUGUAAAAUCACAGGCGCAAUAUGGACUAAUCUGCCUGACUUCAUAAUGAAAGGAACUUGUGGACACAUUUUUAAACAUUACUGCAAAUACAUUUAUCAAAGCUUUGUAGCAUGUAGCAAAGAGCAGAAACACAACUACAUUGGUGUCACAGAACAUAGUCUCCAUUGCACAUUUUGAGCUUAAAUUUUUGAUUUAAGUCUGAGCAAGUGACAAUCAGAUCCAUAGUGCAUAUGUCAUGAUAUUUUAGUGAUUUAUUUCUUAAUCUUAGACACAAAAUGUUUCACAGACAGAAAAAAAUACAUUAAUGACUGUGAAAUACAUUUGAAGACUAAUAUAAGUUGCAGUUGGACAACAUACAGAAAUCACACUAUAAAAGCAUCGCGGUUGAAGUCCUCUAAAAUAAUGCCGCUACUGAAACGAGUUCGACUGUCCCUGUUGUUGAAGCUCACUGUUGUCCUGGGAUCAGUGUGGAUGCUUUCAUUACUCAAUGAACUGAGAACAGACUGGAGUCUUACCUACAACUGGCGGGAGUAUACAGAUGUGGAUGGCGGUCCAGAGAAAGAGUGCAACUGUGCUGCAAUCCUACAGGGAGAGACGGAGGCUCUAAAAAAGGCCAGAUCACUGGUCCUCACGAAAGACUUCCACAAGAGCAUUGACAUUCCUGAUGAGCAUUACAUCAAUGCAACCAAAGACUGCAGGAACUUUAAGUUAAGCAGGAAAUACUUGACAUUCCCAUUAAGCAAAGAAGAGGAGGACUUUCCUCUGGCUUACUCUAUGGUGGUCCAUCACAAGGUGCAGAAUUUUGAGAGACUACUGCGAGCUAUUUAUGCACCUCAAAAUAUUUAUUGUGUCCAUGUGGACAAGAAAUCAGAGACCUCAGUCUUUGCUGCCAUCAUGGCCAUCACCUCCUGUUUUCCAAACGUCUUCAUGGUCACACGGCCUGUCACUGUGGUCUAUGGUGGCUGGACACGAGUCCAGGCUGACCUUAACUGUAUGGCUGAUCUUUAUAAUCUCAGCACAGAAUGGAAAUACUUCAUCAACGUUUGUGGCCAGGAUUUCCCUCUGAAAACCAAUUUCGAGAUAGUACGGAUGUUGCGUUCAUUGAAAGGUCAGAACAUCAUGGAGUCAGAAAAAAUGCCAGCGCGAAAGAAACGGAGGGUGACAUAUGUUCACCAGGUUGUUAAUGGGCAAGUUCAGAGGACAAAAAAACUAAAGGAGCCACCUCCCUUCAACCUGCCCAUUUUGUCAGGAAGUGCCUACAUUGUGGUCUGUCGAGGUUACAUCCGCAGUGUGUUGGAAGAUGAUCGAAUACAGACGCUGAUAGAGUGGGGGAAAGACACCUACAGUCCCGAUGAGUUUCUCUGGGCAACCAUUCAACGAAUGCCUGGUGUUCCUGGUUCAUUGAGGCCCCAUACUAAAUACGAUAUGUCAGAUAUGAAUGCAAUUGCUCGACUGGUGAAGUGGCAGUGGCAUGAGGGUCCAUAUGGUUUCCUGGAUGCAGUGUAUUCAAAAUGUCAUGGUCACCAUGUGAGGGGAGUAUGUGUGUAUGGUGUUGGAGACCUGCAAUGGAUCAUUUCUCAGCCUCACCUCUUUGCCAACAAGUUUGACGCCAACAAAGAUUCCAUUGCCAUCUACUGCUUGGAGAAAUAUCUGAGACAAAAGGCACUGGCUGAGUUACAUUAGGUGGAGGUUUCUGUGGCAGCCCAGAAUCAGUCAGAGAAGGGAGUGGUUGACUCGUGACAAUGCUUAAGUGGGUGGUACAUGCCAAAGUAGCAGGAAUCAAUGUUUCCCAACAGAAAAUUGCAGUGUAACAAGAAAAUCAAUUACUCAAUUCACUCUCUAGUGGACAGACAUCAUAUUUUAUUUGUAUAAAUCUUGUAAUCAUCAACCAUGUACACAACUUUUUAGGGAUAUGCUGAUAGUUAUUAAGUUGGAGAAUACUAGAUAUGCUGUACAUUUCCAAGGUUACACUGACAUGGCAAUCUUUCCUUAGAUGUGUUGAUAUUUUAGGUUCUGAUAGUGUGAUAACCAGUGUGGAUUUUGUCUUUGGUAUAUAUGUAUUUAUGUGUAAUAACAGUUUUGGAACAAGAACAACAAAAAGGAUCAUUGAUAUGUUAGUGCCUGAGAUAAUAGGGUGCAUUGUUCUGGCCUCCUGACACCUUCCUGUUGAUUUUUUUUGUUUGUUACGUAAUUCUUAUAUUCGUCUUUCUUUGCAUAGUUUCUGAUGUAUAUCCUGUGAAUGUCAUGUAUGGGUGGAGGGAGGGGGAUAUUUAUUUGUCCAACUGUAUUUAUACACUUCUUCUUCUUCUUCUUCUUUUCCUUUUGGCUUUUCCCUUCAGGGGUCGCCACAGCGAAUCAAUUGCCUCCAUCUAACCCUGUCUUCUGCAUCCUCUUCUCUCACACCAACUACCUUCAUGUCCUCUUUAACCACAUCCAUAAACCUCCUCUUUGGUCUUCCUCUAGGCCUCCUGCCUGGCAGUGGGAAACUCAGCAUCCUUCUACCAAUAUAUUCACUCUCUCUCCUCUGGACAUGUCUGAACCAUCUCAGUCUGGCCUCUCUGACUUUAUCUCCAAAGCCUCUAACAUGAUGUACUCAUUCCUGGUCUUAUCCAUCCUGGUCACUCCCAAAGAGAACCUCAGCAUCUUCACUUCUGCUACCUCCAGCUCUGCCUCCUGUCUUUUCCCCAGGGACACUGUCUCCAGACCAAACAACAUGGCUGGUCUCACCACAGUUUUGUAAACCUUUCCUUUCAUUUUAGCUGAAACUCUUCUAUCACACAUCACACCUGACACUUUUCUCCAGCCGUUCCAGUCUGCCUGUACACGCUUCUUCACCUCUUUUCCACACUCUCCAUUGCUCUGGACUGUUGACCCUAAGUACUUAAAAUCCUCCACCUUCUUGAUCUCUUCUCCCUGUAACCUCACUCUUCCACUUGGGUCCCUCUCAUUCACACACAGAUACUCCGUCGUGCUGCAGCUAACCUUCAUUCCUCUCCUUUCCAGGGCAAACCUCCAUGCCUCUAGCUUCUUCUCCACCUGUCCCCUGCUCUCACUACAGAUCACAAUGUCAUCUGCAAACAUCAUAGUCCAUGGAGACUCCUGUCUAACCUCGUCUGUCAUCCUGUCCAUCACCAUAGCAAACAAGAAGGGGCUCAGAGCUGAUCCCUGAUGAAUUGUCAAAUUGCAUUGACACAAGUUCAGAAACAAACCUAAUCCAAAGUUAUGAAAGCUAGUUACUCUACAAAAUAUUUGAUUUGUCUGUGACUACAGAUAAUUAGAAUAGAUAUAUUUUAUUUAUGCAUAUUUGCAGUUCAAUGAAACAAACUACAGUCAUGAAAAUCCAAAGAUGUUGCUGUUAGUCUAGCAGUCUGUUUAAUAAUUUCAUCCAUCUACUCAAAAAUGCAAAUGAAAACACAAAUGCUAGUUUGAUUUCUGGCCAUGCAAUUGCAAAAUACAUGGAAAACAAUGUAAUUUGUAAAGGAACAAUUGUUGGGGACAAUCUCCAAGUAAAAUAAAGGUGGUUGGUUGUAACAGUU